AUGCAAAAUAUUCCCUUUGCAUUAGCUGUUGGGAGUCUAAUGUAUGCUCAAGCAUGUACUCGUCUGGAUAUUCCGUAUAUUAUUGGCAUGUUAGGUAGAUAUUUGAGCAACCCUGGUAUGGACCAUUGGAUAACAUCCAAGAGGGUUAUGAGAUAUAUCCAGAGAACAAAAGUUUAUACGCUCACAUAUAGGAAAUCAGAUCAUUUGGAGGUUGUAGGGUAUUCUGAUUCUGAUUUCCCUGGGUGCCAAGAUAGCAGAAAAUCUAUAUCAGGCUAUAUUUAUCUGUUAGUUGGAGGAGCUAUAUCCUGGAAAAGUGUCAAACAAACACUCGUAGCUUUUUCCACUAUGGCAGCAGAAUUUGUAGCAUGCUAUGAGGGAUCAACUCAUGGAAGAUGGCUGUGUAACUUUGUCACUGGGCUGCGCAUUUUGGAGAAUGUAGAAAGGCCACUCAAGUUAUUUUGUGACAAUAAGUCAGCAGUGUUGUAUUCCAAAAACAACAGGAGCUCAUCCGAGUAA